AUGUAUGCUGACGACACAGGGGGCGAGACCCCUCUUGAAGAUUUUUCCGAUUUCCCUGUCGAGCGCUCUGGAGUGUUUUCUCCCCUAAACAAGAUGCAUUUGCCAAUCUCACGGCGCCGCAUGGUCUUACCUGUAGUUCACAUCCGCACAAGACCCAUACUCCCAUACCUGGGGGAGGGGAAAAACCAGCGCCAUGUGUGGUGUCUUGACCACCAGAAAAUUGUGGUGCGUUCCAAUAAAUUGGUACCGAGUCGUUGCCGCACCGCAUCGCCGCUGAAAAGCAACGGUACUCCCAGGAGUGCGCCAACGUCUCCGUUCGUGUCGUCACCGCCGCGUCAACAUUCUCUCUCUGGGUGGUUGAGUGAGUCGCUGCCACCCAAGAUGCUAUUCGCUAGGAAAACGCCACGGAAACAUCACAGUGAGAGCUCGCGUUCUCGCGGCACGACGGCUUCCGCCACAAAGAUUGGAAAUAAAACUUUUGCGUCAGCCACGCCGGAGGUCACACCACUCAAUAAUUCCGGGGUCAUUAGGCGAGAGGAACACUUUAACUUUGACUUUGUUCACGGGGAGGACGCGACUCAGGAGGAACUCUUUGAGGAGAGCGUGCUGGAUUUUGUUGAUAUGGCACUUUUGGCGCAAAGCGUUGCCAUUGUUUGUUACGGCCCCACAGGGAGUGGCAAGACAUACAGCAUGAUGGGCUCCACACCCGGCCAAUCGCUGAAGAAGAUAGGCAAGGUUGUGCCGGCAGUGGAUGGUUUACUCUUGUUGGAGAAUCGACCGAUUUUUGAUAGUAAAAACAGGGGCAAAGUCGUCCCUCUCGCGGAGCGGUUAUCGAACAGCCAAAGAAGUAAUCUCACAUCAACGGGCACUGCUUUGUCGGACACAGCCGCGCUGGUGUCCACGACAGCGUCAACAGCAAUACCGGUGAGGGAAACCUUAACACCGGCGGUCAAAAUAGAGGAAGAGCAACAGCAGCCGCACCGCCAACAGCAGCAGCAGAGAAAUUUUAUCAGCCCAAGACGCGGGGCAGAUGCUAACGACAUGGAGGGAAGUUCAUUGUCUUCGGGUCUGUCCCAGUUUGAUUUGGGAUUUUCAACUUACAUGGAUGCCUUUGGAGGUACCAGGAACGAGAUGAGUUUGACUGGUAUUAGUAGUGGUCUGACGGAAUCGAUGACCGUGCCAGAUGAAGGGAAUGAAACAAUGGGCUUGUUGCCACGCAUCGUACUCAUUUUGCUGGAACGCCGCGGGGAACGAGUGGUGCUUGGCCAGAAUGAACCUUCAGUCAAGGCAACACCCGGUAACCGGUCUGGUAACGGAAAGGAAAAAAGUCAAGAAACGCAGAAGCAGCGCCAUAAUGUCUCCUUGACGCUGAAAGAGCUUACACUUUACGGGGUUGAGUUGUACAUGGAUGAGUUCUAUGAUUUGUUGGAUCCCGCUAAACGGGCGAUCCCAAAUAUCAGUGACAUUGGCGGUCUUGAUGCGUUCUGCCAGAGGUUGAACAUCCCUAAUUCCUUAGCAGUGAGUAGCAGUUGUGGUGGGAAAAGGGCGAGUGGAGGUGGCACUGGCAGCACUUCGUUUCGUGGCGGUGGUGUGCGAGUGUCGUCUGUGGAGGACUUCCGUCGCUGCUACAAGUUGGCGACACGAAAUCGGGUGAUGAAGGGCCAUCAGCGCAACGACAGGAGCUCCCGUUCCCAUGCCGUAUUUAUUCUGCAACUGCAGUUUGACCUGGCGGACUCACAGAACGCGGGCAGUAACGCGGUGACGCAGAGCAUCUACUCAUACGUGGCGAUGGUCGACCUCGCAGGGUCCGAGCGUGUGAAGGAAACAAAGGUGGAGGGAGUCGCGCUCCGCGAGGCAAAAUACAUCAACAAAUCCCUUUCCGCCUUCUCGGCCGUCCUCUUGGCGUUGUAUCAGCGAUCAAGUCACAUUCCGUAUCGGGAUUCAAAGCUCACCCGUUUACUGCGGCCAUGUUUAGAAUUAGGACGUGUGUUGGUCCUCGUGCAUGUAGCGCCGUGCUCUGCAGAGGAAACGAUAAGUAGCCUCAAGUUUGCCGAGCAAGCACGUUACACAAAUGUACAAAGUCACAGUUUAUUAAAUGCAGCUACAGAAGUUGUGGCAUUGUUCGACGACAUGACGGACCCUCAUGCGGAGGAGCUCAUGGAGACAUACCACCGGACUGAAGUGGAGUACGCCCAACUGUGUGCCGAGGUGCGGCUUGCGCAUCUCAGUCGUGAAACUCCGGACGGUUCACUGACAUUUGCAGAAAGCCCUGGCGAAAAUUCUUUCACACUUCAGGAAUUGGCACAAAACAAAAAACGCGAUUACGUCAUCGGAACUCUUGUCAAGAGACACAUGCAUCGCUACAAGGCGUUGGAGGAAAAACGGCUUCAGGAAUCUGUUGCCGAAAUUGAGAGGGAGUGGGCUUUCUACGUUGAGAAUGUGAAACGCAGUAGGAAGCAGGAUAUGGAGAAUUUGAAGUUUUCCAUUGAGAAGCUGCGGUCCGCCAAUGCACGGCUUGCGGAGGAAAACAGUAAACCGGUGCUGCGUGACGACCACGUUAUGGCCAUCCAGCAACGCCUAAAGGAGCUUUCAACAGAGAUCAACAACUAUGCGAGGGAGAAGUUGUUGCUCAUGGAGGGUAUGCGGGCCAUUCGCCAGCGUCUUGCCCUGCAAACAGACCUGGAACGUUGCCUGGAUCAGCAAUUGCGAGAGUUUCAACAGGUUGCGGCGGGGGGAGGUGACAACGGUGCCAGGCUGCCUGUCGACAGCAUCGUGGAUGAGGAGCUUGGGGAGAUCUACCACCAGCAGCUUCUUCUUUCGAGGGAGAUGUCACUUUUACGAAGGGAAUCCACUUGUUUUGUGCGUGGCGACAGGAUAUGGGAGGGAAUAUGGGCCCGUGUUAUGCGACAGGAAUUGCUGUUGGCCGUCAGCAUCGACAUGGAAAUGAUGGAAGGCAUUUUGUUGCGUCCCCAGUCCCUUCGUUGGGUUCUCGAAGCAAACGGCAUGACGCCAGACGCUGCGAGGGACGUUGUGUUUCCCACGUCUUCGGUCGCCAGAAACGUCAAGAUUUUGUUGGACACCUUGGAAACGUUAAAGAAGCAGUCUGCAAGCAAUCCGUACGGGUCUGGUGAGAGCGACGCGAGGGAUCCUCCUCUUCCUCACGUCCCACUUCUUAUGUCGAACGGUGAUGAGGUCAGACCUGUGCCGACGCUCAUUGGCCGCUACGGAGAUGAGGCAAAAUUGCAGGAGGCAGCCGUUAGGAAACUUGUUGAGGAGGGCAUCUUUUGUGAGGCGACAUUUUUCUCCAUGGGCGUGGAGGAGCUGGUGCGGCGGCGAUUGCCGGCCACGGGAUUAAUGCAGCAGACGAAUUACAAGGUGCACUGGGGCUGUUUACGCCUCGUUCACCCGCCCAAAGACACCUCGUCCUACAGUUUGGAGCUCUUCCAGCGAACGUACAGUGGAAGUGAUAAAGUGCGGGAUCGAAGAGUCAUUUCCAUCCCGCUGAGUGAACCCCAACUGCGUAUCAAAUUGCAUGUCAUCGAGGCGGAGGGUAUUGUUCACACAUCGCCGUGGGACGACGGGUCCGUCGCUACGGAGGCCGCUCUCCCACUGAUUGCACUGGAGCUGCAAGGUGUACACCCUGUCACCAACACUGGCGCGCAGCAAUACCAAGAGAGAGAAAAAGACGUAAAAUCGAGGGGACACACGCACUACAUUGCUCCAUGUGCCACUGACACAGGUGGUGCACACAACGGCAACGGACUCCUGGCUAAUGGGGCUGAAAGCAGUUCCGCACGUGAUUUUUUACUUUCCAAGCGCUUGGAUUGUGGCGGGGAGUUAUUGCUUCCCUCCGGUUGUAUGGCUGCAUGCGAAGAGGGGAGCGGGUUUUUCCUGUUUCAUUUCCCAGAACGGAUUGUCGCGAGAAAAACUCGCACAGAGGCGGUUGAAUGCAUUGUGGCCGCUCUUUCAGGACUGACGCUGCCGUUUUUCCCAAGCGCGUCACGGUGCCCCUCGUCAAGCAGCAUGAACGCAGAUACAUCGAUUGGUGACAUAAGUGUGGUGACGUAUCAACACGUGCCAUAUCUUCUGCUUAGCAGUAACGGUGGUCCGCUGCGUGGUGGCGAUGCAAAGGGUUUGCCGGUGCUCCGCAGAGUUGGGGUGCAGUCGCUCGGUUAUUUUAGCGCCACUCAAAUUUGCUUCUACUUUCAAAAAGAGGAUAGUAGAAGGAUGACUGCGGACGGCGACGCCUUGUCGCGUUUCCCGCGUUCUCCCCUUGGCCGUGUUGCCAUGCCACUUUCCACUGCCUGCGCCAUGUUGGGUCGCCUUGGCGCGUUGACCCCAUUUUCCGGUAGUGGUGUUGGCAGCAGCAGCAAUGGUCAUGCUCAUAUCGGCAGCAACAAUGCAGGGGCCGCGCAGAGUGUGGACGAGACGGAGUCCAUGAUGUGGCGCAUGCAGCAACUGUAUGCGUUUCGUAGGAAGACUCGUGCGAGGGUGCGGCAGCAGAUCUUUGACGCGGAGGACAUUAAGGCAGAACUUCUCUACAGUUAUUCCGAUAGUGAAUUCAUGCGCGGUUCAUAUAUUAAGGAUGUUCUGAAGGAAGCUCGAGAGUUGAUUGACUUGCAGCAGCCCCAAACCAGCGCUGCUCUCGCCCUGCGUGGAAUGAUUCGUGCAACACCUGGCAUAUGUCGUGAAUUGUGUGGGGCCGUCGUUCCGUGGACUCUUUGGCAUUGGGCACACCGGUGGAAGGCGUUGCAGUUGACCCACAGCCACCAGCAGGCUUUGGCAGACGCGUAUGACAUGGAGGAUGACGAGGACAGCAUGGACGGCUCAGAGGGCGCUGGCCGUCUCUCCAUGAUGGCCUCGUCUGGCACCCCAAGGGACGACGGUGGGCAGGCAUUCAUUGUCUUCGAGGAGUUGCCAUGCUUCCUGGCGUGCAUGGAAUAG